AUGCUUGUUGAUGGCCUGCGCCGCGGUUUGCACGUCCCGCCUCUUGAAGAUGUUGGCUGGAAGCCUCAAGGGGAGGAAGAGGAUAAUCUAUGCCACGCGCCGAAGGUGACGAAGCACGACCGGCAGGUGAACUGGUCCAAGUGGUCUGCUGACGAUAUUGUCCUUCGUCAACGGGUGCUUGGCCCAAUGUGGUGCGAGGCAAUGCAUCAUGGUGACCAGAAGGUAUUAAGGCUCAUUUUCGAGGACGUGCAAGUCGUGGAGAGGCCGGAUCGCGUCAAGGAAUGGCUGAAGCGAUUUCAGCAGCGUAAGAACGGCUCUCUUGCUGCGGAAAACGUCCCUGAGGCGGACUUGGAGGUCAAGAGCGUCACGUGGUUAUGGAAGCCCGAGGGUCCGGGGGGCAAGGACCCCGAAAGCUGGGGGAGGAUAAAGCUUCCCUACUUUGAGGAGGAAGAUGGUCAAGGCAUCUUGAUCCCGGCUAUGAAGGGAGGGUGCUUAAGGGUUCCCAUAAUCAAGGUGGAAGGUUCAAAAGGUAAGCCUGCGGCGAAGGCCAUCGUCGGCUUUGGAAAGAUUGAAGAAAUUGAAGACGCCCACUCAGAAAAUGGAUAUGGCAUAUCCGAUGCGAUAAUGUUGGGAGUUGCUGGUUGGCUUGACCUAUAG